AUGUCUCUCAAUAAGAAGAGCGUUACCUAUCCUGUUGGUAACCGAAGUGCAACCGUCUUGGGUGUGAAUCGAAAAUAUUACGGAAAACAUGAAGAUGAUAACAACAACAAUUCUAAACGUUCUGCAAAGGGACGAAGUGUGGAUGCAGAAAACUUCCGUUCAUUAUACACAACAAACCCAAAUUUAAGAAAGAGCGACUUGUCAGCGGAGAAGAUCAACAAGCUAACUCUCCGAACCCGAAGAGAAAAGAGAGUACAGUCAGCAGAGCCAUCUACAGACUUGGAGUAUCGAAAACACGCUUCCGAAAAGUUCAGCCAUUUUCUCCAUACUAGGCCAAGCUUUUCGUUUGCCUAUCAUUCCGACCUCAACCCUUACGCAAAACAACAUGAAACCAUUUUUCAUACUAAUAUUGGAACUACAUGGACUUUACACGAAAAGAUGAAUCAAGACCUGGAGACAACACGUGUCGCCAACAGAAAUGAAUGCUUAUCAGAGAAACGGCUUGAAAAUGCGUUCUAUAUCAAGCCAAUUGAAAAGUCCAAAGACCCUCAAGGUGAUUCGGGUCCACAACGACUGGUUAAGGUUGAUAAAUUUACAACCUCUCCGGAUAAAACUGAUGAAAUGAGAAAAUUACAACAAUUACGAGAUAGUUUGGUGCGUCAACAUUACAUUCCCUACAACGAAGGACUGAAAACAACAAAUACUGAGAUGAAAAUUAAUGAGAGUCUGAAACAGUACUUCCCUUUUGAGCCCAAACUCAGAUAUGGUAGGUCUGUGACCUAUGAUACUACCAGUGAUGUUGUACCUGAUGAAAACACACCGCAAUAUGCAACCAAUAAUUACAGGUUGGUGAGAAAACUAAAUGAUCAUCUCACAUUUCAAAAGGAUGUAUAUUCAGACCUGAGAAACAAAACUCUAACCAUCGCAAAGAAUAACGUUGAGCGAAAGCGUAAGGUAUUUCAAUCCGUGGAAGAUAGAGCUCGUGAGAGUGACAAAAUUGAAGCUAAUAAGGACAAUGCUCGAAUACUAGCAAGGAGGAGUCUAAAAGAUCAAUAUAUACAAACCAUCCACGAGAAUGAUGCUGCUCAUCUAUAUGAUUUCUGCACCGGAGAAAGGUUGGAGCAUGUGAAACUUCACAAAAUAGGUUAUCCCACGGACUAUGACUAA